GAAGAAGACAAGAGUUAAAAUAUGCGAUAAUUUAUUUUUAUAUUUUAAUUGGUGUUGUUAUUAAACAGUUACAAUGAUUCGUAGUGCAUUCAAAACCUAUUUAAAUAUACCAAAAUGCAUAAUAAAUGUUAAUAAAGGGGUGUCAUCAUCGAAUUUCCGAAAAUUAACUACCGAUUCGAAAUAUAACAUACGGGAAGAAUUUGAAGGCAGACCGUUGUAUUUGGAUGCACAGGCCACAACUCCAUUGGACCCCAGGGUUUUGGAUUUAAUGUUGCCCUAUUUAACUUCAUAUUAUGGAAAUCCACAUUCAAGAACCCAUGCCUAUGGAUGGGAAUCAGAAGCUGCAGUGGAGAAAGCUAGAGAACAAGUUGCAAAUAUUAUUGGGGCUGAUCCAAAGGAAAUUAUUUUUACAUCAGGGGCAACUGAAAGUAAUAAUAUUGCAGUGAAAGGAGUUGCUAGAUUCUAUGGUUCAAAAAAGAAGCAUGUUAUAACCACACAGACAGAACAUAAAUGUGUUUUGGAUUCCUGUCGGUCUCUAGAAGCUGAAGGUUUCAAAGUGACUUAUCUACCAGUUCAAAGCAAUGGAAUAAUUUCAUUAGAAGAAUUGGACAAAGCAAUAACACCAGAAACUUCUUUAGUUUCUAUUAUGACUGUCAACAAUGAGAUUGGAGUGAAACAACCCGUCGCCGAAAUUGGUGCUCUGUGCAAGAGCAAAAAAGUGUUUUUCCAUACAGAUGCAGCCCAAGCUGUUGGCAAGAUUCCUUUAAAUGUUCAAAACAUGAAUAUUGAUCUAAUGUCCAUUAGUGGACACAAAAUAUAUGGACCAAAAGGUGUUGGUGCAAUAUACAUUAGAAGAAGACCUCGUGUCCGUGUGGAGGCUAUACAAAGUGGAGGCGGUCAGGAACGCGGCAUUCGAAGUGGUACCGUUCCUACACCAUUAGCUGUGGGAAUGGGCGCUGCAUGUGAAAUAGCCGAAAGAGAAAUGGCCUAUGAUCACGCUUGGGUUGAAAAACUUAGCAAACAUUUAAUUGAUCAAAUUACUAGCAAAGUUACUCAUGUUAUAAGGAAUGGAGAUCCAAUUCAUACAUAUCCAGGUUGUGUCAACUUAUCAUUUGCUUAUGUUGAAGGUGAAUCUCUGUUGAUGGCGUUGAAAGACGUAGCGUUAUCUAGUGGAUCAGCUUGUACUUCAGCGUCUUUGGAACCGUCGUAUGUGUUGAGGGCCAUCGGAACGGACGAGGAUUUGGCUCAUAGUUCCAUUAGGUUUGGUUUAGGUAGAUUUACAACGUUAGAAGAAGUUGAUUACACUGCUAAGAAAUGUAUUCAGCAUGUUACAAGGUUAAGGGAGAUGAGCCCACUUUGGGAAAUGAUCCAGGAAGGGGUUGAUAUUAAAACGAUUCAAUGGUCGCAACAUUAAUUUGUAUUUUGUUUUUUAAUUGUAUAUACUCAAAAUUAUUAUUUUAUUAGAUAAAUGAAAUAUUAAUAAAAUCAUGUUAUGCUUAA